UGUAAUAAAUUAACAAGAUGCUGUAGGUGUGCCUCCUCCACAGUCUUCAGAUUGUGGCUGCUGUCACUCGGGUGAACCACUAGAUGUCACUGUUUUCAACGCCUUGAUUUCAAAAAAACAAUCCUAUCAGGGCUUGCGUGUAACGUCAUGACGCAGUGUUCUACGCGUCUCCCGCCAUUUUGGCAGGUUCAGUGACAGGCAGGCAGCAAAGCUGGUGGACAAGUUUUCACCCCAGCAGGCUGCUCUGGGCCUCUAAGGCAUCAUGGUGGGGAGCUACUGCUGUGUUAUAAGCUGCCGCAGCAGCAGCCACGACAGCCGCCGCAAAAAGCUAGACCACGGUUUAUCAUUCUACCGGUUUCCAGCGUGGCGCCAAAACGAGGGGAGCAAAGUUUCAGACGUGACAAAGAGGCGCCGAGCAGCCUGGGUUUCUGCCGUAGGACGGCCUUGCAUCACAUUUUCCCAGAUUUCCGCCUCCAUGAGAGUCUGCUCCCGCCAUUUUCACUCAGGGAAGCCGGCGUAUGGAAUGCUAGAGUCGCAUCCAGACUGGGCACCAUCGUUACAUCUGGGCCAUGAAGAAAUCAAGGAAUCGGAAACAGAGGGUCCUGCAUGUCAGUUAAAAAGAAAACAGCCGAGAAAGACUGUAAAGAAGACGACUGCAGAGACGGACACAACCCAGACUGCACCAGGAGACCCUGGAGACACACAGGCUGCAGAAGGGAAGCCGGCAUAUGGAAUGCUAGAAUCACAUCCAGACUGGGCACCAUCGUUACAUUUGGGCCACGAUGAAAUCAAGACAACAGAAACAGAGGGUCCUGUAAGUCAGUUAAAAAGAAAACGUCUGAGAAAGACUGUAAAGAAGACGACUGCAGAGACGGACACAACCCAGACUGCACCAGGAGACACUGGAGACACACAGGCUGCAGAAGGAAAUCCCACAUAUGGAAAGUCAGAAUCACAAACAGACUGGACAUCAUUGUUACAUCUGGGCCACGGUGAAGUCAAGGCAACGAAGACAAAGCGUCCUGCACACCAGACAAGAAGAAAAAAUCCAAGAAAGACUCCAAAGAAGAAGAAGAAGACUGCAGAGAAGGACACAACCCAGAUCGCACAGGGAGACACCGGAGACACAUGGGCUGCAGAAGGUGGGACUGACAUCAGCGAGCCUGCAGUCAAGUUGGAGACAGAAUGUGAUCCUUGCGCUGAAAUCAGCCCCGUGUUGAUUAAAACCGAGGCCGAUUGUGAUUUUUGCGAAUGCAUGCGUGCUGAAGUCAACAGGCUGUUGGAAGAAAACAGGGAGCUGAGGCGAGAGCUCGACGAGAGAAAGAUGAGUGAAGAGUUUUUGAAAGCUGAUGAUGUUAAAGUCAUGUACUACACUGGCCUUACAAGCUUUGCUGUUUUGAUGGACGUGCUAAACCACAUUCGGCCCUUUCUACCACAAAUGAAUAAAAUGUUGUCACCAUUUCAGAUGCUUUUCUUAACCCUCAUGCGUCUGAGACUAGAUCUACCGAUCCAGCUCAUUGCUGACCUUUUCCACACAGACUUAAAGACUGUUUCCACCACGUUUGUUGACACUAUGGACGUCCUGUAUGCACAACUUGGCCCUCUAAUAGACUGGCCAGAGCGACAGUGUUUGCUGGCCACUAUGCCCCCUAAGUUCAUUGACUCGUUUGGGGACCGUGCUGCGAUUAUUUUGGACUGUUUUGAAGUAGAAAUCGAAGGGCCGUCCAGUCCGAAAGCCAGAGCACAGUCGUUUUCCCACAACCGACACAAUCGCACAGUAAAGUACCUCAUUGGCUUUACACCAGCUGGAGCUAUUUCAUUCGUUUCCAAGGGAUUUGGAGGCUGCUGCAGUGACAAGCAUGUAGCGGAAAACAGCGGCCUACUGGACAAACUGUCACCUGGCGAUUUGGUGUUGGCUGAUCAUGGUUUUGACAUUGAGGACAGUGUGGGAAUGAUGUGUGCUGAAGUGAAAGAUCCUGCAUUCACAAAAGGACAGAGGCAGCUGGAUGUGAAGGAUGUGGAAGAAACUCGUCAAAUAGCUCACCUCAGAGUCCGCUUGGAAAGAGUGAUGGGCAGUAUACGGGAUAAGUACGCCGUGUUAAACAAGGCAGUUCCUAACAGUUUGGUGCGUCCAUGUGAGGGAGAGGAGGUAACACUGCUCGAUAAAAUCAUCAGCGUGUGCUGUGCUCUCGCGAACGUAUUUCCCAGCGUGGUUGUAAAGUGUGAUGACGGACACGAUGAAUAAAUUACAUUUAGCAACUUGCUUCAAUAACAUGCACGUCCACAGACUGUUCAGCAUUUAUGCAUAAAUGCAUUGAGACGGAAUCAUCCCAAGUGUUUUGAUAUGAAAUGCACUGUUUGAGAGAAACUCAGUGUAAGAAUUGUUUACACUGGUGGUGAUAGGAACCAGACGUCUGAGGAGCUUCCCUCUAAAGGUGCGUUCACAUGUUUGUGUUUAAAAAAAGUCACUCUGCACGUGGCCAAUGGCACGAAGCCACACAAAUGUUGGCAUGGGGACUGUGUUACAAAAAAAAGAGCUUUAGCGGUGCAUUUUGUUGAUUUAACCCUUGUGUGGUGUUGAUGUGUUUGUUUCUCAGUGGUCCGGUGGACCCACAACAUUAUAGUUUCUUUAAAUCGGUACAGCCAUAACUAUUUAUGUAAAAAUACCAGAUGUUUAAAAUAUCACAAGUGGCCAGAGUAGGGUUCUCCUUUAGCAGCUGUAGCCAGUCAGCAGCAU